GUCUGUCACUCUCGCUCACAACUCUCAUCCGAAGAACACUGGAAGUAACUCUGCACUUCUGCUUAAUAGAGAGAAGACGAGAAUUAAAAAUGAAGCGAUUUAUGUGCCUUGUUUUGGCGCUUUCUUUGUUUUCCGCACAUGGAGCAUCAGUCGGACGCCGGAUGAAGCGAGAAUCUUGUUCAGUCAUGAUGAUUCGGACGAGCAACUGUAGUAACCAUGGUUAUUGCGGCUCGGAUAAUAUCGGCCCUCACUGCGUGUGCUACGAGGGAUGGGGUGGACAUCUCUGCCAGUAUGUCGUAAACGGGAGACCACAACAAGGAGAGAGUAGUCCCCUAAUCGAUGAUGGCGGCGACAAUGACGGUGAUGAUGAUGGAGAUGUUUCAACCCCCGAUCAGCCUGCUACUCAGGUGACAGAAGAAACUAGGGAACCAGAAGUCACCGUAACUCAAGGAACAAGUGAACAAACUCCAGAUGCCCAAGACGAGGUGAUGAGAACGGAGCGCCCCCAUUCUACACGAGAUGCUACUCGUGAAGAAGGAAUGAGUGAAGACGAGCGUUUGGCGAUGCUAUGUAAUGAUCUCUACGCUAGAACCAAUACGUGCACUACCAGACAUGGUCACUGCUCUGUAGACACCAUAGGAGCCUUCUGUCAGUGUAACACCGGCUUCAUAGGCACCGCCUGCCAAUACGAAGCCGAGAAUGUCGCAGGCGUUCUGGAAGCGAUCCUUGGAAUGAUUCGCGAUCCUCACUAUCGCGUGAUCGGUGGCUCUGUCGGUGGCUCUUUCUAUUAAUUUUGAUAUCAAAGGGGACAGGGGUAGGACUCGCAAAUAGACGGGGCCGGGCACAGUGUUGCGGAUAUAAUAUUGUUUAUGUUAAUCAUCACUUGUACAUGUCUCAAUUCAUAUCAUGCGAUAAGUGCCUCUUUUGUGGAAAUGAUGAAGAAACAGUCAAUAUAUAUUAUAGGCACAUAAUUAUUUCUUGAAUGUGAUAUAAUCAUGGUAAAGGAUUUAUGGGAACAGUGUGGUAACAUGUCGGAUCUUCCCAUUCUUAAAGAGAUCGAUGGAAGGAAGUUCACAUUGGACGAGAUAAAACAAUCAUGUUGUCUUAUUAAUUAAAAAUUAUGUUAUUUCUUGUAGUGGGGGAAAGAGUAUUAAAGAAAUAAAAGAGAAACAAGAGGAAAGAAAAAUUGAUGCAUCGAACGGAAUCAAUGAAAAACAAAUCCUGUUUGGCAUUUUGCAUUUCUCAUCUCGUAUCAAUAGAAAUUGUAGCUGUUCUCUACCGCAGUCUUUGUUGAAACGCGACUACACUACCAGAGAAAGGGGUAUAUUUAUAGCCCCUUGAACUGCACCAUCCCAACAUAUUGCAUAAUCCCUAAUUUUUGUUUUCAUAGGUUUUUAUUCAUUUCUCUUAUAAAUAAAAUUGUACAUAAUGUAUAAUAUUGUAUUGAGUUAUGGGAUAUCGAAUUCAGCACUUUAUAACAUUGAAAACAUGAAGAAGAAAAAAGCUAUAGAUCUUCGUAUUUGAAGGUGCAGAUAUGAAUGAAUUAUAUAUAAAUCAAUAAUUCUACCUACGAACUAAUUCAUAAUUUAAUUUCGUUAAUUCAGCUUUUAUUAUUUUGUAUUUGCAGCAAUUUAAGAGUUUAUGUUCAUAAUUAAAAAUAUCUAUUUUAAUGGCAUAUCAAAGAGAAUGAUUUUUUUCUGUAAAAUACAUUUAACUAUAGGCCUUGAUUAAUCGGUUGUGUAAUUGUAUUCAAUUAAUAUAAAUAUCUAUGGGUUGUUUUACAAAGAACUUUCUGUGAAUUUAAUAGAAAGUGUUUUUUUGUAUCAGUCUUUAAAAAAGAAAAUAGCUGAAAUGUAUAUGCACUCAAUCUAUCGAACAUUUUUUCUUUGUAUGCAAACUGUUAGUUGUUUUAAAGCUCACUUAAGGUAUUGUCGUUCCAUCUUAAGCUGAAAUUUUGUGCGUAGUUUAUUUUGGUCCUCACACCUUUUUACAUUUCUCAAAUCGAUGUCAUCAAUAAUGAAAGAAGUCAAUGUAUGUUUGAUUAAUCAAUAUAAUGAAGUUUGAUACGUAUGACUUUUCUUUAUAUCUGUUUACCACGGUGACCAAAACAUCUCCAGUUUCACUUAUAGCACAAAGAGUGAAACAUAGAGCAUCACAAGCAGACAAAAUUCUGAUAAUUAUAGAACUGUAAAAAA